AACAGUGUAGCACUGUGCGGCGCUGUUCAUUCAAGGCUGUGCGAGCGGUUGAGCUCAGCGGGGGGGCUUUAGGGCGAGACGAGGCUGUGGGGCUGUGGAGUGGAGCAGAUCUGCCUGUGGACCACUCAUCCGAGCACCGGCAGCAGGGCUUGAACCUUCGAACUUCCGGGAGCAGCUGGUGCAUUAAACCAGCUUUAGAGUGACAGCCAGUGACCAAGAAUCAGUGCUGCAGCUGAAACUUUCAAGCCUAGAGUAUUGGUCUGACAGCAAGCGAAACCAGAACUUGCCUGAUGUCGUUCACAAAUGGGAAUCCAUGUAAUCGCGUAAUGAAUGGAAUGGAUAGAAAAAUGUUAAACAGUGAGACUUUUCCUCUCAAUUCCCGAAGACAUUCUUCAGACUGUAAAGAGAUAGCCGAUUGCAAAGAAAAUGGACUUCUGACCAGAAGCUCAAAAUCUGCCCUCCGUCUAGUGGAUGAUAUGAAUAAGGUCCAUCCAAGUCAGGGGGAAAAGGAAGAGGCAGGAAGAAUCUCCAAUGGGUAUUCAGCACUUCAGAGUCCUACUGCAUGCAAUGGAAAUUCAGAAGGGGAGGACACACAUCGUGCUCCAACAACUAGCCCCUGUGGUGGUGAAAUGCUGCAGCUUCAAGUUAUAGAUCAAGGCAGAGAGACCUGGAGCAAAAAGAUGGACUUUCUGCUCUCAGUCAUAGGCUAUGCUGUUGAUCUUGGAAAUGUUUGGAGAUUUCCCUACAUAUGCUAUCAAAAUGGAGGGGGUGCCUUCCUUCUCCCUUACACCCUGAUGGCGAUCUUUGGGGGCAUACCCUUGUUCUACAUGGAGCUGGCACUGGGUCAGUAUCAUCGAAAUGGCUGCAUCUCCAUAUGGGCCAAAAUAUGCCCCAUCUUUAAAGGGAUAGGCUAUGCUAUUUUCAUGAUCGCCCUGUAUAUUGCCUUCUAUUACAACACCAUUAUGGCUUGGGCCCUAUACUAUCUUGCCAACUCCUUUACAUCAGAGCUACCAUGGACCAAUUGUGGGAAUCCCUGGAAUACUGACAACUGCACCAACUACUUCAUCACUGGCAAUGUCACCUGGAACCACUACUCAAAAUCACCUGCUGAAGAAUUUUACACGCGAAAAGUGCUUCAGAUUCACAAAUCAAGUGGGCUGCAUGAUUUAGGGGCUAUCAGCUGGCAGUUGACCCUCUGUCUUCUCUUCAUAUUCACCACCGUCUAUUUCAGCAUCUGGAAAGGAGUCAAAACAUCUGGCAAGGUGGUAUGGGUGACCGCAACCUUCCCAUACAUUGUACUCAUCAUCCUGCUCAUACGUGGCGCAACCCUACCUGGAGCUUGGCGGGGGGUCAUCUACUACCUACAACCGAACUGGAAUAAGCUGCAGGCUACAGAGGUCUGGGUAGAUGCUGCGGCUCAAAUCUUCUUCUCCCUUGGUCCAGGGUUUGGGGUCCUGCUAGCCUUCGCCAGCUAUAACAAGUUCCACAACAACUGUUACAAAGAUGCACUGGUUACUAGUACAGUGAACUGUUCAACAAGCUUUCUUUCUGGAUUUGUCAUAUUCACUGUCCUCGGAUAUAUGGCAGAAAUGAGGCAAAAAGAUGUUGCAGAUGUUGCCAAAGAUGCAGGUCCCAGUCUUCUCUUUAUUACCUAUGCAGAAGCAAUUGCCAAAAUGCCUGCAUCCACAUUUUUCUCAAUUAUAUUCUUCCUCAUGAUCAUCACCUUGGGCUUAGACAGUACGUUUGCAGGGCUGGAAGGUGUCAUUACAGCUGUCCUGGAUGAAUUUCCUCAUGUCUGGGGAAAACGCCGUGAAUGGUUUGUGUUGGGUCUUGUCACUGUGUGCUUUUUGGGUGCCUUGAGCACCCUUACUUAUGGUGGCGCAUAUGUGGUAAAACUACUUGAGGAAUAUGCAACUGGUGCUGCUGUCCUCACAGUUGUCUUCCUUGAAGCUAUUGCUGUAUCAUGGUUCUAUGGUAUUCGUCGCUUUUGUAGAGAUGUUAAGGAAAUGCUUGGCUUUAGCCCUGGGUGGUACUGGCAGCUGUGUUGGGUAGCUAUCGUUCCUGUCUUCCUCCUGUUCAUCAUUGGCAGUUUCUUGUCCAGUCCCCCCUCCCUUCGUCUUUUUGAUUAUGAAUACCCGUACUGGACCACCGUGUUGGGUUACUGCAUUGGCACAUCAUCUUUUAUUUGUGUUCCAUCGUAUAUGGUUUACAAGCUGAUAGUCACCCAAGGAACAUUUAAAGAGAGGUUACUACGGAGCAUCACUCCAGAGACUAGCACUGAGAUUCCAAUAAGUGAGAUACGCAUGAAUGCAGUUUAGCUGAGAAAAUAAUUAGCAUUCUUCAUGGACUGAUCGCACAAUGCAGCCCAAGAGUGGCAGAGUAAAAAGGCACCAUAUAUUUCAGCUGUCAUAUUAUUUACUUUUAUGAAGAUAAAAUGGUGCCUCUGUUUCUGGGAUCCAAGAACAUCCUCAUCACAUAAAUUCCAGCUCCAUUAUCUAAGCUAUCUACAGAGUACAUUUUUGUAAGUUACAUGUGAGUGAAUGUGAGAAGGGAGGAGUUCCAUUUGAUGGACCUUCUUCUGUUAUUGUAGUUCUGUUUGACUUAAAUGAUUUUCAUAAAACAUACUUGUUUACCAGAGUACAAGAAGGCCAGUGAAUCCAAUAAUCUGUUGCAUAUGGAGAAAGUGCUAUACCAGUAGGAAAAACAAAUGUUAUCAGCUUAGCUCUGAUGAAGCUGAAACAGUCCCUACCAUGACAGGCUACAAUUGCAAAAGUUUCUGUCAAACAAAACCAAAAGUAAUGUAUAAUCAGCUAACCUGAAAUAUAAAUAUACAAUAUUAAAAUAAGUUUAAAUGGCAGGAUUUUCAUUACUGCCAGGGAGGAAUGUUUAUAGACUGAUAUUUAUUAAGUCUGACAUGAUUCCACUCUAUCAGCUAAUUCAAGUUGCUGAGCAUAUUUUGCCUGCAGCAUGGGCUACUUCCACCAACAGGCCUUAUGGGUAUCUACCUGCCAGGCCUAGCAUUCUUCAGUGAUACUUGCUAGACAACUUGGCCACAUAGAGAUUACUUUAUUAGGAAGUUUUUCUAGAUUAAAACAAUUGAGAGUGUGCAACACAGGGACUCUAGACUAGAGAGCAGAAGCCCCCAAUGAAAUACUACCACUUUCAUUCUCACCCUUUACAAAUGUUAAAGCCAAAGAACAGGAAACCAAAGCAUACAUUUUGGACCACGUAUGUUAGAUGUAGGCAAUACACUUCCUGGUUAAUAUUAAAUUAGUGUACCUAUACUUUUGGGAUGUUAACCUAGCAGAAUCCCCUCCACAAAUGAUUAUGCAAAAAACAAAAGCUUUGGUUAUGUGUAUGAAGGUGACUCAAAUUUUUGGCAAACAACUAUGUCAAUGUGGCUAACUGAUCUGUGAAAUGAGCACUGAAGCAUUAGCUUCUUCUUAACAUGUUUUAGCAAAUUUGGAAUUUUAUUGCUCAGCAUCUGAUUUAAUUUUAUUAUUGUCAUGUAUUACUUAUUCAGCAUCAUGCAAUGCUACUUCAAAAUGCCUUUUUUCAUACUUGGAAGAAAUGAGCUUCAAACAGAAUUCUGAGCUAUUCUGUUUGACAUCUGGCACUUCAGAAACCUGCCUGUCAAAAUCAAAUGUUACAGGAAUUCCAGCUCAGCAUACAGUUCUGAGUGUUCCCUCUUGAACUGAUUUUAAAUGCCCCACUUUUCUGUAAUAAACAACAGACAGUAUUCACAAACAUGAAUGCAACUGCGCAUGUCCACUAUAAUUCAGAAAAGUCACCCUGACCCUUUCCGAACAUAGGCAUACUUGAAGACUCCAGGUAUACAGUAGGUAUGCAAAUUAAGUCUCCACUGUUAUCUAUGAUUUACACAUGUGAAUUGUGGAGGACAUUGUUUAGUAUAUGCUGGAAGUUAGGGAACAACUGUUGCCCGGUCAGCAGAAUAUUGCUGUGUAACAUCACCAAACAUGCACAGCAUAAUCUUUCUAGAUACCUAUUAUAACACAGAGCAGCAGAGCCUAACUGGUAGUCGUACAGAUCACAGCAACACAAUAUGACUACCUGUCCCUAUAGCUCUCCCAGCACAUGGUGACACAACCAUCCUUCACCACUAAGAAGUACACAGCCAAAUCUCUUUGUUUACAUGAUAAUCAAAUGAAACUUGCUUCAAUGCUAAUCUACGACAGCAGAGCAUGAAAUAAAUAGUGUACACAACUCUGCCCCUCCACCAUAGUACCUAUCAACAGUGAACCUAGCAGUAUUAAAACAUGCUAGCAUGUUUAUUGGAGAAGUCAAAAUAUGUUGCCCUUGUUCCAAACUCAAACCCCUCACACCUGUAGCAGCUAUGUACAUUAUGCUGAUUACUAAUAUUGCUAAGAACAUUUUAUAAAUAACAUGAUGCACAUAAAGUGUUAGCACUGUAGAAUCGGCACUCACGAUAGCAGAUGUCAAAGAGUGCUGCAGUUGAAAUAAACUGGUUGCAAAGAUGACAUUUUCAACAUUUUUUUUGUAUUAUUAUAGUUUCAUAUAAGCAUCACAUGCCCAAUACACAAUCAGUAAGACUUGUCUGUGUAAGUCGUGCAGUUACUCAAAAUGCCUGAUAACAUAACAUAAAAAAAAGUGCUUACAACUAACACAGUGUGAGUCAUAUUUAUAUUUGUGGAGAUUAUUUGUACAACAGAUCCUCAGUUCUGUGUAAAAACAAUCAAAAUUAUAGCUAAAAAUAAGAAUUGAGCAAGACUUAAUUGCUCUCCUUAAGUUUGGAUAUAAUGUAUUCCAGUUUCAGAUGGCAGAAGUAGAUCACAUUUAUAAUUAAAAAAAAAUUUUUAUUAGAUUGUCACAAAAGGUGUUACGUUUGUAAUCCUGUAGAUAUGAAUAAUCAUAUAUAUAUGGAAGAUUUAAGAAGUGACAAGCAUAUUGGACAGCCUCACCAAAACAACAGAGAGACCAACGGGUACAGAAUGGGAGCUACAUGAGAACAGUUUACAUAAGCAUGCAAGCAUAGGAAAUAACACCAUUUGCAUUUGAAUUUGUUUACCUGCAGUCCUUUCAAUUCUAUCAAAAGCUUGCCUAAUGGAUUCAAAGUUGCUUUAUUCGGCAGCAAAAAGGCUAUCUCAUAUGCCUGUACUGAAUACUGUCUGCUACUGGGCAGUAGUACAGCAUGCCUCUAUAUUGUCUUACCAAGUGUUUAUCCUACUCAUUUAUAGUAAACAUAUAGCUAAGGUACCACAGCAACAGAGCUGUGAUAACUGCAGUUUGAAAGACAAUGGUAUAAGAUCUUAGGCCCGGCAGGUUGGGUGAUACGUAUGGAAGGUAAACAUCUGGUUCCUGAAAACUAUUUCUUUGUCUACAGUGGUAACCAGUGGCACUCACCUAGACAUCCCCACCAGUACACAAAGGAAACAGAAAAUAAUUGUAUUUGUCACUUAAACACUAGACACCAUUAAAAACAGCUGCUGUAGGUGUGAUGAACAUUUAUAGAAAUAGCUGUCACUUCACAAAUAACAUUUGUUGAUAAAACAAGUCUGGAAUAUUGUGUUUUUUGAAUGACAGGCUACAGUCUCAUGACUACCUACAACUCUUACUGUAUUAGAAACUAUAGAUACUCUGAAUACUGUUACCUACUUCUGAAACUGGAAAUGAAGUAGUAUUAUUAAUCAAGCAAUAAUGCCCAACAGGGUGUGUGUUCGUUUGUAAUUAUUGCCAGCCCACGGGUGUUGUGAGGCCCGACUCCGCAGAUUACUGUGCUGUCCUUUGUCAUAUGCUUUAAGCAUUUCAGCUUUGGGUUAAAUCACAAACAGUGAUGGCAGACAAGGGUGGUGUGGUCUACACAUAACGAUCAUUUGAUCUGCUUUGUCUGCCAAGUUCCUUACCAUUAGCAUAAGGCACAUGUCCUGCUCCCUAUUUCUCACAAGAAUUACCUAUCUGUCCAAAGAUAUUUUAAAAUUCUACACCAGUUUUUCAGCCCAGAUCAACAUCACUAAGGCUAUUUUCUACACAUAGCACCCAUGUAAAAACUACUUUCUUGAAUUUUCCACAAAUAUCCACCUUCUACCCUAACGUACCCUCUUUUUCUUAGAUAUAUCUUUUUAUCUGAAAGAUGUAACAUCUUAGACUCGGUUGAUCCUUUUUCAUAAUUAGGUUUUUAUAAUACCAUAAUGCCCCCCUAUUUUUUUUUCCUUUUCGUUACAAUGUAUGAAGUAAAUUCUUUUAGUCUCCCUCACACUCUGUAAAAAAAAAAAAAAAAAAAAAAAAAAAGUUUUUGUUCUUCUUCUUUGAACUGCAUCAAUUCUAUUUUAUGCUUGGAGAGAUGAUAUCGCCACAUUUGCAUGAAAUAUGUAAACUGAAACAUAUUAAUUGACAAUCCAUUCAUAAUGCAAUAGUUUUCACACUACUUAAGUAACAAAAUUCAGGGUAGGGGAGAGAUUACCUGUCUAUCCAGAUGGGGAGUUAGUGGUGUCACAGAGGUCUGCACUACGGCAAUUUUGUUUUUGGACUAGUUUUCUCUCAUAGAAGUUUAGAAACCAUGCUGUCAAAAAAACACAUAUGUUAAUGAUAAGUAGCAAUUACUUCAACAAGGUUAUGAAGUUCUCCAACAUGGUCUACAAAAAAUACGUAGCCACUGCAGUAGUAACAAUCUCAUCUUUAAUGUCUGUAAAUGUGUGGUUAUGAGACACUGAAAAUAGAUAUAAGUAAAGAUUAAAAAAUAAUCAAGUCAUAAAAGCAACACCGUCAUUAAAGACCAAAGGACAAUGGCAGAUAGUCUAAACUUUGAUUAUUCUCUAUCUGCCAAAGCUAGAAAAGCAUAUUCUGUAGCCCAUGUAAUGCUAAAGUGUAUAUCUAGUCACUUCAGGAAAAUCAUCAUACCAUUUUAUACUUCAAUGAUCUGACCCAUUAUUGAAUACAUCACUGUUCUGUAACCUUCAAACAAGCCUCCUGAAAGAACUUACAAAGUUAAAAUUGCUUACAAGACAAAGUCAGAGAGUUAGAAAACCUGAAAUAUUCUAAAAAGAUUCAGGAAUUUUCAUUAUAUUUUCUUCUCUUAGAUGACGUAAUACUAAGAGAAUUCACUUGAUACAACUUUAUUCAAAUCACAGCAAUCCAUAAUGUAUUCACAGCAGUUUACCCUAAGUUGUAUUACUGCUAGCUCGGAAUCCAUGUCCUGCUCUCUCCUUUUCCAAAAUUUCACACAGAAUAUCUUCUCCCCUAUAUUGACUUACUAUGCCGAUAUCUCCUUUCUGCAAAUAAAGUUCCACUUCACCACCAAUGUGAUUGCAUGAUGUUGGGGUCAGAAGCAUCCAUUCUCUAAGUGCUAUACCUGCAGCAGUUUGUACUAUAUGCAGCAGUUUUUUGUAUCUAAAUUUUUUAAGUGGAUAUAGUAUCUUUUCUGUCAGUGGUUACUGAAAGCUAACUUUUUUGUUCUGCUGCUUAUAUUUUAACAAGGAAUGCUCAAGCACUAAACAAUAUUACUUGGACUACAGUGCAGGCACUCCUUACCUCACAGCAACAGAGAGAGAUUGAAAGAGUACCCAUAUACAUGGAAAAGCACACAGAGUUGUGACUGGUUAUUCAAGCAAAGAGUCUGCUGGGUUUUUGAGCCAUACAGUGCCAAAACAAAAUCCAAUCUAAAAUGAGUGCACCAACAUACUACUUGUAGCAGCAGAGGCAAAUUAGACAGAUAACACCAUGUGCUGCCCCAUCUGAGUUUGUGCCAUCAAGCCGACAAAGGUGAUGGCAUAAAGUGACGAAGAGCUGUGGCUGGAAGUGGUGAAGGAACAGAGUAUGAGAAGGCAGAACCAAAUUAUGUUAAAAUAGAAGUUAGGACAGAAUUAAUCCACCUUUCAUGGGAUGUAUAGGGAGAUUGACAUAGAUCAUAAAAUAAGAUGGAAAAAUGUUGCACAAAAUCUUUAAAGAUGACCUCUGAGCAGUAUGUAAGACAUCUCAUCUGAUUAUAUUUAAAAGUAUGUUCCUGGAAUGUACAAUUGGGGAAGCAAUAUCAGUAAUAGUAACACAUUACACAACACCCUCCAAAAUUAUGGAAUCAGAAGUAGUAAGUUAUUUGCUACCAGUUUUAAAUUCUGAGACUAAUAACAUGGGUCAGUUGGCACCCUGUGAAAUCCCCAAAGUGGCAACCCCUCAAAAAAUGUGAAUCACAAAAUGUAGGAA